CGCGCGCGCGCGCGGGCGAGUGGCGGGGUGGGGGAACCCUUCUCUCGCCCCCUCCCUUCAGCUUCAGCGGCUGAUCUUGUUCUCACUGUACUCUACUACCGCUUGCAAUGUGACACUAGAAUAUAGACACUCUUUUUUUCUCAGCCACACACACAUCACACCUCAUACACACACACACGCACGCAUACAGACACCGGCACAUACCUACACACACUUGCACACAUACACACGCAUGCACGCACGCACUCACGGACCCACGCGGUGGACUCGGUAUUCCGGAGUGGAGUUGUUCAGGAUAUAUCUAUAUCUAUAUAAAUUAUAUAUUGAAUUAUAGAGAGAGAGGGAGAGAAGGAAAAAGCGACGGGGAAGGAACUAAAUCUGGUCCAACAAGGAACUAUUUCCUUUCUUCUUUUUAAACCUGCACCCCGUUUCUUCUGCAUCAUGUUUGGGGCACCCACGGCACUGGAUUUUGUUGUGCUUUUCUGCUUGGCAUCUGCAAUUGCAGCUGUGGAAGAAACACUAAUGGAUACUCGGACAGCCACAGCUGAACUUGGUUGGACAGCAAACCCACCAUCAGGGUGGGAGGAAGUCAGUGGCUACGAUGAGAACCUCAACACAAUACGUACUUACCAAGUUUGCAACGUCUUUGAACCCAACCAGAACAAUUGGUUACUUACCACCUUCAUAAAUCGACAUGGUGCACACCGUAUUUAUACAGAAAUGCGCUUCACUGUUCGGGACUGUAGCAGCCUUCCCAAUGUUCCUGGUUCCUGUAAGGAAACGUUCAACCUAUAUUACUAUGAAACAGACUCUAUUAUUGCCACCAAGAAGUCAGCUUUCUGGACAGAAGCCCCCUAUCUCAAGGUGGACACUAUUGCUGCAGAUGAGAGCUUCUCUCAGGUGGACUUUGGUGGCAGGUUAAUGAAGGUGAACACAGAGGUGAGGAGCUUUGGGCCCCUCAAUCGGAAUGGCUUUUACCUUGCCUUUCAGGAUUAUGGGGCAUGCAUGUCAUUGCUGUCUGUAAGGGUCUUCUUUAAGAAAUGCCCAAGUGUGGUGCAAAAUUUUGCCAUCUUCCCAGAGACCAUGACAGGAGCAGAAAGUACUUCCUUAGUAAUUGCACGAGGUACGUGCAUUCCCAAUGCCGAGGAGGUGGAUGUGCCCAUUAAAUUGUACUGCAAUGGUGAUGGGGAAUGGAUGGUUCCCAUUGGCCGCUGUACUUGCAAGGCUGGAUAUGAGCCUGAGAACAAUGUGGCCUGUAAAGCUUGCCCAGCAGGGAUGUUCAAAGCUCAUCAAGGAACAGGAGUCUGCACACAAUGUCCUCCCAACAGUCGCUCCACAUCAGAAGCUGCUGCCAUCUGCACUUGUCGCAACGGAUACUACCGGUCUGACUUUGAUCCGUCAGAGGUAGCUUGUACUAGUGUUCCCUCAGGACCUCGGAAUGUAAUCUCUAUUGUCAAUGAGACUUCAAUUAUAUUAGAAUGGCACCCACCUCGGGAUACAGGAGGUCGCGAUGAUGUCACCUAUAACAUAGUCUGCAAAAAGUGUCGGUCAGAUCGCCGUAGCUGCUCCCGCUGCGAUGACAAUGUGGAGUUUGUACCAAGACAACUGGGCCUUACAGGAACUCGCGUCUUCAUCAGCAACCUGUGGGCUCAUACGCCAUACACCUUUGAGAUCCAAGCUGUCAAUGGGGUUUCUAAUAAAAGCCCAUUCCCACCACAGCAUGCCUCAGUGAACAUCACCACCAACCAAGCAGCACCUUCCACAGUUCUUAUUAUGCACCAGGUAAGUGCCACCAUGAGGAGCAUCACGCUGUCAUGGGCUCAGCCAGAACAGCCCAAUGGCAUCAUCCUGGACUAUGAAAUCCGUUAUUACGAGAAGCUGAGCCGGAUCUGCAUCCCUGAGAUUAGCAGCGCUAUGGGCUCAAGACCAGCUACCGACCACAGUGAGUACAACUCCUCUAUGGCCAAAAGUCAGACCAACACUGCACGAAUCGAUGGGCUCCGGCCUGGAAUGGUUUAUGUAGUGCAGGUGCGGGCUCGGACAGUAGCUGGCUAUGGGAAAUACAGUGGAAAAAUGUGCUUCCAAACUCUGACAGAUGAUGACUACAAGUCAGAACUGAGAGAACAACUGCCAUUGAUUGCUGGUUCUGCCGCAGCAGGAGUCGUCUUCAUUGUCUCCUUGGUGGCUAUUUCAAUUGUUUGCAGCAGGAAGCGAGCAUAUAGCAAAGAGGCAGUAUACAGUGAUAAACUCCAGCAUUACAGUACCGGUAGAGGCUCCCCUGGAAUGAAGAUCUACAUUGAUCCUUUUACAUAUGAGGACCCCAAUGAAGCUGUCCGUGAAUUUGCCAAGGAAAUUGAUGUGUCUUUCGUGAAGAUUGAAGAAGUCAUUGGAGCAGGAGAAUUUGGUGAAGUUUAUAAAGGGCGUCUGAAACUGCCUGGCAAGAGAGAAAUUUAUGUGGCUAUUAAGACAUUAAAGGCCGGCUAUUCUGAAAAACAACGACGGGAUUUCCUAAGUGAAGCCAGCAUCAUGGGUCAGUUUGACCAUCCAAAUAUUAUUCGGCUGGAGGGGGUUGUAACUAAAAGUCGGCCAGUGAUGAUUAUCACAGAAUUUAUGGAAAAUGGAGCCCUGGAUUCUUUUCUACGACAAAAUGAUGGCCAGUUUACGGUCAUUCAGUUGGUGGGAAUGCUACGAGGGAUUGCAGCUGGCAUGAAGUACCUUGCAGAAAUGAAUUAUGUCCACCGUGAUCUUGCAGCCAGGAAUAUCCUGGUCAACAGCAACCUGGUCUGUAAAGUAUCUGAUUUUGGCCUCUCUCGCUACCUGCAAGAUGACACAUCAGAUCCAACUUAUACCAGCUCUUUGGGUGGGAAAAUUCCAGUGAGGUGGACAGCACCAGAAGCUAUUGCCUACCGUAAAUUCACCUCCGCCAGUGAUGUAUGGAGUUAUGGUAUUGUUAUGUGGGAAGUAAUGUCAUUUGGAGAAAGACCCUAUUGGGACAUGUCCAAUCAAGAUGUAAUUAAUGCAAUUGAGCAAGAUUACCGGCUCCCUCCACCUAUGGAUUGUCCAGCUGCUCUACAUCAACUUAUGUUAGAUUGUUGGCAGAAAGACCGCAACACAAGGCCACGGUUUGCUGAAAUAGUUAAUACUUUAGAUAAAAUGAUCCGAAAUCCAGCGAGCCUCAAAACUGUGGCUACCAUCACCGCUGUGCCUUCUCAGCCACUGUUGGAUCGCUCCAUCCCAGAUUUCACUGCCUUUACCUCAGUAGAAGAUUGGUUGAGUGCCAUCAAAAUGAAUCAGUACAGAGACAGUUUUCUAACUGCUGGCUUCACAUCCCUUCAGUUAGUUGCACAAAUGACAUCGGAAGAUCUUCUAAGAAUAGGGGUGACUUUAGCCGGACACCAGAAGAAGAUCCUGAGCAGUGUCCAGUCUAUGAGAGUACAGAUGAGCCAGUCACCAACUGCGAUGGCAUGAUGCUGCGUGUCUUCUUACAACAAUGGGAAAAAAGAGGGGAGGACAGAAGAGGGUUGGAUGUGGGAGGGGAGGGGAGGCUGACAAGGCAGUUGUGAUGUCUAUAGAGAUUGGAUAAUUGUUUGAGAACUCUUAUGCGCUGCAGACAAAGAAUAUAUGGAAUUUGUUUCUAAAUGGCAAAUUAUGUUUCUCACACCAACAGAAGCACAUUUACUGAUGCCAUGGGAAACAGAAUAUAAAUAAGUAUAAAUAUGUACAAAUCAAAUAUUUAAAAAAAGUGAAGAAAACCAAUGUGUUUUGGGAAGAAAAGAGACUUCAGUCCUACCACCAGUGAGCAGUAGUCAAGAGGCCAAUGGAGAAGAAAGAGGCAACCAGAGCAACAAUCUUCAGCAGUCAGAUUCCCUUCCUUCUCUUCUUUAGUUAUUCUUCCAGAGUCAUUCUUAUCCACCCAUUUCCCUCUUUGGCUCAUAAACUAUGGCAAAUGUUGUUCAACAGUUCCUACAGUUAACUAUAAGAACAUCAAAACAUUGUGCCAUCAGUUACAAAGGACUUCACUGACCACUGCAUGGGGGAUCCAGACCAAUCCAGUUAAUGUCUUCAUAUUGAAGAAGAGUUGUACCUUCAAUAGAAAAUCCUGUUUUUUCUUUUGCUUGCAUUUUUCUGCAAAAGGGAAAACGAUAUCCUCAUGGGAAAAAAAGGGGAAAAAAAGAUGUUCCCGCAAGUGCGUGUGUGUCGUCUGUAUGUCAGCUUAACUGUGGAGUCACUUACAGCUUAUCCAUAACAGAAGAAAAAACAACCAAGCUGGACUGGUGGCUGAUAAUUCCAUCCUUUUCAAGGAACUUGGGGAUCCAUUGGGCGACGGAAGUGAUGUGCCUUGCUUUCUGUCUAGUUCAACUGUGCAUGGAAUAUGUGUACUGGGAAAUGAAAAGAGAAAAAGAAAGCAAAUGAAUUUCUAAGGAGAAAGGAAGCAGAAGAGUUCACUGUGCAACAAGGUUUUCAUGUAGAACAGUUACGGAAUGUUCAGCUGUAAAAUCAACUAAGCAGAAGGCUUAGUCCUCCAGUGACCAGAAAAAGAUGGCUUGGAAAUCUUUAGUUCCAUUAUUUGGACCUCAGGAUUUUGAUAUAUAUUGAUUUUGGUUUCAUGGCAUCAGAGGGAUCUUUUUAUGCCUUUAUUUGAUGUCAGAAGUAUAUGGAAAGAUGCCAGUCCAGACAGUCAAGCUUACCACUGCAGUCCCCUAAUCCAUUUCCAUUGGCAAGGUAGCCAC